UAAAAACCAUUUCAGUUGAGAUAAAGUCGAAACUGAAAAGGAUUAGAAGAAGAAAAAAACAAAAUUUUCUAUUUGGUGAUUUGUCAUUACAUCAAGAUCCAAGACUAAACAAGGCAACAUCAAUUUCACCUUUAUCCACAAAUCGUUGAAACAAUAUCAAUUAGUGUUGGAUCAAAAGUUUGACCAAAGUAAAUGAAAUUUUGUGCGACAACAAACUCGUGACAAAAGCACCCAACAACUGAAAAACUAAACGAAACUAAUCAACAACUUAAAGCAUCAUUUAAAUGCAUUGGAUCAUCAAAUUGAUUACUUGCAAAGGAUAAAUUAGAUAGUGGAAUAGUACAGAAGAAAAGGAGAAUUCAUUUGAUUGGAAAAGUGUUGAGUGAACUUUCAGUGUGAAACAAGUGUCAAGUGUCAAUUGUUAUUGGAUUGAUCAACUAGUGUACAAAUUGAAGGAAUAAAAGUAUUCAAGGAAAAAAGUCAAUUGCAACUUUUGGAAUUUAUCGCCUUUCACCAAUUCAAUUGUGCAUCUUCAAUCUUUGAACAACAAAAGCUGCAUCAUAAAAUUUCAAGGAAUAAUUUGCGGGUCAAACAAUUCGACAGUCUCAAGAAAUUCGACAGUUCACUAAGAUUCAUUGCCUCUCUAAGUAAAAUCGUACACUUACAGCAAAAGUCUGUUAAUUGCUAUCAACACAUCUUUAGUGAUCAUCACCAUCAAGAUACAAAACCACAAAGGAUUAAUUGUCAUUUAUCAGCCAAAGAAGACAACAAUCAACAAGCUCAUUAAAGUAAUUAAAAGGAAUGGAAAUAAUGUCAAUCAUGAGGAAAACUCGAUGAAACACACUUGAACAAUUAUCAAACCACUAAAGUCUCGAUUGAUAAGGUUUGCUUGGUUCGAGAUUGGAAAUGGUCAAUUCAAGGAUGCCAAUGAUGAAUAGUCUGAUGAAAAUUGAAUCUAUUUUCUUAUUGAUUUGGCUCAAAUAUUCACCAGGUUACAGUGAGUACACAGCUGCAGCCGGAACAUCAAUAGGUCUUCCCUGUAACACGUCAAUUUGGGGCGAAGAACUCAUUUCUCUAGUUUUGUGGUACAAGGAAAACAGUGGAAGCGGUUUACCAAUUUAUUCAGUCGACGCUCGCAACAGUCCACUCAGUGAAUCGAAACAUUCAAUUCCAAAUGCGUAUAAAAAGAGAUUAUUUUUCGAUGUAAAACUGAAACCUCCUGUUCUAAGGAUAAGUCCAGUUUACGAAGAUGAUGCCGGUGACUAUCGGUGUCGAGUCGACUAUCGAAAGUCGAGAACAAAAAACUUUGUAACCAAAUUAGAAGUAAUAGCUCCUCCAAAGGAAAUGAUAAUAACAGAUUCCGAGGGUCAACGUUUAAUUGGAACGAUUGGUCCAUAUACUGAAGGAAGUGACCUUAUAUUAAUAUGUGAAGCUGAAGGUGGUAAUCCACUGCCCAAUGUAACUUGGUGGACUGGUGAUACUUUGUAUGAUGAUAGUUUCAGCCUUGCACCGCACAAUAACAUGAGAAACGAAUUAAUUAUUACAAAUUUAAGUCGAAGCCAUUUUUUAUUCGAAUUAACCUGUAAAGCUUCAAAUACAAACUUAACCGUCCCAACUGAAAGCUCAAUUAUUUUAGAUAUGAAUCUUAAGCCUUUAGAUGUAAAAAUAACUUCGGUUGUAAACACAUUGUCGGUUGGCAAACGAACCGAGUUGCAGUGUCUUUCAAGUGGUUCACGUCCACCGGCUAAGAUCACUUGGUGGAAGGGCAAUGAGAAGAUGGUCAAUGUUCGUGAUACGAUAUCGAGUGAUGGUAAUGUGACUCUGUCGACAGUUUCUUUCAUACCUUCUGUCGAGGAUCAUGGAAAGUAUUUAUUUUGUCGAGCCGAUAAUCCAUCCAUCGAUAACAAUGGCCUAGAAGAUGGUCGUACUCUUAAUGUCCAAUUUGUUCCUCAACUGUCCAUAUCAUUAGGAGCCAAGAUACAAUACAAUUCAGUGCGUGAAGGGAACGAUGUCUACCUUGAGUGUAAAGUGACUGCCAACCCUUGGAUAACAGGAGUAACUUGGUACUUUGAAGAGGAACCAUUGAUUAGUAAACCAAAUGAAGGAAUCAUCGUCACAAAUCAAUCGCUUGUCUUGCAAAAAGUUCGUCGAAGUCAAGCUGGAAGAUAUUUUUGUACAGCAUCAAAUAGUGCCGGUCAAGGACAUUCCGAUGAGUUUUAUCUCAAAAUAAACUUUGCGCCGAUCUGCAAACCUGGACAAAAGAUUAUUUAUGGAGUGGCUCAUAACGAGAUUGUUCAGAUUACUUGUGAAGUUGAAGCUGAACCAAGCAAUGUAAAUUUUAAAUGGUCUUUAAACUCUUCCAAUGAAAAUGCCGAGAUUCGCUCAUUCAUAACCAAUGGAUCGAUAAGCAUUGCCACUUACCGUCCGAGAAAUCGUUUUGCUUAUGGUGCCUUGGCUUGUUGGGCAGUCAACGAUAUUGGAGUUCAACGAGACCCCUGCAUAUUCAACAUUAUUCCCACAGGUCCACCUGAAGCCGUUAGAAAAUGUCAGAUAACAAAUCAAUCUACAACCUCGUUGAAUGUCGAAUGUAUUCCUGGUGAUAAUGGUGGCCUUAAACAAGAAUUUACUGUAGAAGUUUACAAUUCUUUGCGACAAAGUUUACAUUCAAAUUAUACCUCAUUAACCAAACCUGCCUUUCACAUACCAAACCUGUUGUCGGGAACGCCAUUCACUCUAGUCUUGUAUUCAUCCAAUGCCAAGGGUAGAAGUCAUUCCGUUUCAAUACCAGGCUCUACUCUGGGUGAACCAGAAAAGCACACAGGAGCAAUUCCACAAUUUGGUUUCAAUCCAAUGCUGGGAAUACUGAUUGGUACAGUUGGUGCACUCGUUUUGAUUGCAAUUAUCAUUGUUAUCGUUAUCCGAGUGAAAGCAGAUUAUUAUGAAGAUGACAGAGAUGAUGCAGCCAAAGAAAUGGAUUCACAGCAGCGAAUGAAUACCCCCAAGACAAAACCUUUUCUUUGUGAUAGCUUGGCUUCUGGAGUUAUUGGAGCUUCGGAUGUAAUUGAAGACAAUUAUAUCAAACAAAGUGAUACACUUAAAUCGAAAGAUGACAUUUCAGGCUUCGAUUUUGGGUGCAGUGGUUAUGACAGAGUAACGAUUUGUUUGAAUCAAGAUCACAGAGGUCCAACUGAGUGUUCAGGAAUAUGUAAUUCAAAUUGUUCCUCAACUCGAUAUCAUUGCUAUCAUCCUUCAAUGGAUUACAAUGGUCAAUCUCAGGAGAUAACUUAUUCAGAUCUUCAGAUGUCUACCAGUGUUAACGAUUCCCAAGGAAAUCGUAUGUUGAUUCAAAGUAUUCAGGAAAGUGGAGCUCCUCCUAUUGAGUAUACAACUCUUGAUUUUCAGGAGAUGAGUAAACAGAGUUCAGGCGUUAACAGUUUCGAGAUGGUUAAUGGACUUGGACCUGGAGUUAUGGUUGGCUUAUUUGGUGAUUCAAAGUUGCCAAAGCGUGGUUUAAGUGUAGCUGAUGGCUCAUCAGAUGUUGAAAUGACCAUUGAAGCCGCAACUAUUACCAAUCCAAAUACAAUUAUGUCUUCACCUUACAAGGAAAUUGAUUCGAAUCAACUAUUGAGAAAACAACCGUUAGUCUCGAUGACAGGCACGGAUGAAGACAAGUCUGGACCAGUUUACGUUUAAUACAACAAUUUAUACCUUUUCUAUAUGUUGAUCAAAUCAUGAAAUGAUGAACAAACAUUUGACUGUGAUAUUUUUACUUCCAAAUAUAUGGGAAAAGACAUUUAUCUGUGAUUUAUUUAAAGAGCAAAAAAGCAUUGUAAACAUUUCAAAAAGCAGUUUGUACUCCUUGUACAUUGCUUGUAAAUUUUUGAUUCUUUACAUUAUAUUCUGAUUACUUCAUUAUCCAUGUAAACCAACUGAAUAAAUCAAAUUUUAACUAAAAAAAUAAAGAUUUUCAAAACGAAAAA